CACUGUAUUUAGCUGAAAACAAUAUGGCGUUUAGAGGUACUUCCGACAAACUAUAUACGCCAAAUAAUGGAAAGUUCUUGGGUUUAGUACAACUACUAGCCAAAUUUGAUCCAGUUAUGGAGGAGCACUUGCGAUUAGCUGUAAAGGGUGAUGUUUCUGACCACUACUGCGGAAAAGACAUUCAAAAUGAAUUAAUAGAGCUGAUGGUUGAAAAAGUGAAGUCAGAAAUCAUAUCACGUGCAAAGAAAUCGAAAUAUUAUUCUAUUAUAGCUGACUGUACUCCGGACAUUAGUCAUAUAGAACAGCUUUCACUGACAAUACGAUUUGUUGAUUUAUCAUCAGAUGUCGAUAAAAUAUCAGUAAAAGAGCAUUUCAUAGAAUUUUUAUCUGUUAAUGAGUCGACUGGUGAAAGGCUGACUGAAGUUAUUAUUGAUAUUUUAAAUAAAUACGGACUGGAAUUGAACGAUUGUAGAGGUCAGGGCUAUGACAACGGAGCAAACAUGAAAGGAAAAAAUAUUGAAGUUCAAAGGAGAAUUCUGGACAUAAAUCCUUUAGCUGUAUAUGUACCGUGUGGCUGUCAUAGCUACAAUCUCUUACUAUGCGAUGCCGCUAAGUCAUCUGUAAGAUCUGUCACUUUGUUUGGAGUACUUCAGAGGUUGUUUACGUUGUUUUCAGCUUCUGUUCAUCGAUGGAAAAUUCUGACCGAUCACUUGGGAUUGUACACUAUAAAAAAAACUCAGUGACACGCGUUGGGAAGCAAGAAUAGGCAGUGUUAAAGCAGUCCGUUAUCAAAUUAGCGCCGUCCAUGACGCUUUAA